GUCAUAUUUCCGGCAUUUUGAAGAAACGUGUUAAACGUGAAGUGUUUUUGUCUUAUUUUGUUUGUGGGACACUGGAAAUGAAGUUAUCUUUAGCAUCAAUCAUGUUUGUUGCGUUCUUGACUACCAUCAAGCCUGAUCUAGGUGAAGGUGUACUAACCAUUGACUGUAUGGGUCCGGGAAUCAUGGGGCAGGAGGUAACAUUAAAGUGUUAUGGAAAUUUUAAAUUUGGACCAUGGUGGGUUCGAAAAGAUGGUCUAGAAGUAAGUGGGUGUCAUGACCUGGCCAGAGAUUGGUGUUUCAGUAUAAGCGGAUACAAAGGUGACAAUUUUGCUGUAAAAGAAGACACUUUGACAAUAUUUUCCUUCCGUCCAAUGGAUGUUGGUGAGUGGACAUGCAAAGAUGGACAGCAUGACAGACGAGGUGUUACAUGUUGGAAGAAAGCUUCAAAAGCUGAGGGAGAUGGUUCUGCACAUGCUCCAGCAAUGUCAGAUAAUGCAGAGCGCGUGACUGGUCUUAGUGCUGGUGCUAUAUCAGGAAUUGUGGUCGCUGUCUCACUGGUUGGUGCAGCAUCUGUGGGUUGGAUAGUUUACAGGAGUAAAAAUCAAAGGAAACAAAACGAAGACGAGCAGAUGGAACGUACAACUACAGACAUCGAAAACGUAGCCGAAAAUCCUGGCCUCAUCCCUAACUAGUGUCCGAAUAUGGAACACAAAAGGAUGCUAACAGUAGAACUCCGCAGUGUUUAUGUUUCGUAUAUCACUAAGCAAGCUAAGAUUAAGUUAAGAUGGUUUACGUUUUGUUUUGUUUUUUAUUGUUAUAUAUUAUGAUACCGAUGUGCGACUAGUAUGUUUAUCUUUUCUCGUUUCUUUAAAUGAAAUUGUAGUUCAAGGGGCCAGCGUACGCUUCUUCUUUUUUUGAAAAUUAAAAAUGUCGAUCAACAUUUUUCAUUUGGGGAUGUACACUUUUUUUGGGGGGAAGGGGGGUGGUCAAAAGUGUACGGUUUGUACGCUCGUGAAAAUGUUGAAAAUUAUGGACGGCCCCUUACACACCCGUUGGUGAGAACACAUUUUGUUAUUUAUGAUAACACAUACUUGUUUACUUACGUACGUGAGUUAACAAAUUCAAGAAAUAGAACUGGCUGCUCCUAGGUGAUUACCAGGUCACCAAUGUCAUACGUCCAAUACAAAUAAAAAAACACACACAAACCACCAACAACAACACCAAAAGCACCUGUGCGAUGGAAAUCGAUUACACUGUGACGUAUUGUUAACCUGACAAUCAUGUGUCUAUGACGCGUACUUCAGCUACAAUUGCAACGGCUGUCAAUAACUUUUACUCGAAAAAGAUAUUAAAAUGUGCUUAAAUCCUGGCUUUUGAGGAUAUGUAAGAAAUAUAGUAAUACAUUCGUGUCCUUUAGAUAUCAUUUAUCUCACAAUUGGUAUAUAACGGACACGACUGUAUUAUUCUCUUUGUAAUGCUAAUCUACUGCCCACGUGAGCACCAUACAGUGUAAUAAGCACAACGAAAUAGUGGAGACUUUCCAGAUGGCUCGUCCUCUGGAUGUUUCGUCCACUGUACAAUUCGUCCACCCACCUCGGACAAUUUGUCCACUCGAUUACAACAUUUAGACCAGUAAAUCAAUCUCUCUCUCUCUCUCUCUCUCUCUCUCUCUCUCUCUCUCUCUCUCUCUCUCUCUCUCUCUCUCUCUCUCUCUCUCUCUCUCUCUCUCUCUCUCUCUCUGUGUGUGUUCUGUGUGUGUGUGUGUGUGUGUGUGUGUGUGUGUGUGUUAGGUUAGGUUAGAUUAGGUUACAAUCUGCAGUUCUCUGUGUCGAUAUUCCACUAAAAACAAAAAGUGUCCGUACAUUUAUUUAGUCCGUGGACGUAAUAUACGGUAAAUAACUAAUACAAGUAUAAUACACGAAUCGUCUCCAGUUCAACAGUGGACGAAACGUCCAGAGGACGAAUCAUCUGCAUCCCUAGUGUAGGUAGACCAGUGACUUAAGCUUAUCCACCACUGGUAAAGCGAUCGCUUGAUGCGCGGUCGGUUUGGGAUCGAACCCCGUCGGUGGACCCAUUGGGCUAUUAAUGUUCUCCUUCCGUCCAGGGCACCAC